AUGGCCAGCAACCAGCAGCGAUUACCGUCCCCAGCAUCCACCACGGGCGCAACCUCAAUCGGCCCAUUGCAACGCGCUUACUCGGCCUCGCUCGCUCACGAAACUCCCUCAACUACGGUCCAACGGAAAAGGUCGCGUUCGCCAACCGCUGUCAACAGCAUCGCCUGCGACUCCCGUGCCACGCCUCGCAGAGUUGGAAUCACCGAGUUCAUUGAGGAUGAUGUGCUUUCCGACCCCCUCGACCUGACCGAGAUAGACAACCACGACGGCUCCAGCUCAAUCUUGGAUUUUGGCGAGAAUAAGCGGCUAUGCCCCGAGGACUUUGCCGAGCGCCCUGAGCCUGUGUCGACUCGCGCCCGGAGGACGGGGAUGGAUGCUUUGUCGCAGCGGUCCAACCCACCGCCGAAGAAGGAGACGACCGGUGACGAAGACGAGUACCCGGAUAUUGACGACCUUAUUCCUCCUUCUUCAGUUCUGAGAUCGGUCGCCAAACAACGCACCGCAUCGCUACCGGCCGAGGACGACUGCCCUUGCUCCCAGCUCACAACAGAGUUUGCUUCCCUCGGCAAUGACACCUUUGUGAUGGAUUCGGAUAACAGGAUAGGCCGCGAUGCCGGCAACGACACCCGGCAACGCGACUAUGACCUGCCUCGAGCUCUGAUCGCAACGGGAACUCCGCCGCCGCUCCACGCGUCCAACCAUGCGACUUCCAGCCGAAAGCGCAAGUCAUCCUCAUCGCCAAGUCCCGAUUCCGAGGUUUCGUUCGGCGUGGAACCAACCCCUUGCAUGCAAACCAGCAGGCCAAAGAGGACAAGGCGCGAUAUCAUUUUAGACUCCGAGGACGACUUCAUGACGGGUGCUGAAGCCAGCCCUGACCGAAACGUGAACCACCAGACCGCUAGCGAGGAGCCAUCUAGGGACGUAGACAUGCCGUGUCCUACCGUCGAGAUUCCAUCAAAUGCGUCAUCAUGUUUUGAGGAUCCUUCUUUUGUGGCCCAAGGAAAGAGCACGGCGGCCGUGUCCGGCGGUCGCCCCGCGGAAGUUCGGUCAGUCAGCACACUGCCAUCCCUGGACAGUCAUCGGCAGAAGCAGGGCUCGCAAGGAUCCGUCGAUCAUGACACAGGGGGAGAGAGGAAGAUUUUGAAGCUGUUCCUGGAACGGCCAUCGGUGCUGGAAACCAAGAUGGCUUUCUACAACGAGCUCCUGCGCCGAAGCAAAGAGGACUAUACCAAGUGUCUCCGCGACAAUGCGCCAAAGGAGCAACGGGAGCGCGUGCGCAAUACUCGGGACAUCUGGGUGCAGAAGCAGAAGGCGUUGGGCGCUGUCAAGGCGCAGCACGACGCCUUCAAGGAACUCAGCAAAAGGAAAGAGGAGCUCUUGGCCGAGCUUGAAAAGGCAUUCGAAACUUACGCUGACAACUCCGAAGACGAAGCCCGGUUGGACGAGCUAUCUGAGCAGAUCGUGGCCAAGGAGGAGGCCCUCCUAAGCAGCCUUGCCGCAGCCGGCAUUGAUGACCUUGAUUUCCUCAAGGACCCGAAUGAUUCGAUUGCGGCCCCAGACUCGCCGACCAGUCCGGUUGUGUUGGCCACUCAGCCCCCUCACAAGCCCGGCUCCAAAGUCCUUCCCAAAGAGAACAGCGCGAUUUCGGAAUACAACUCACAAGUCGUGUUGCAGACCCAACCGUCACAGGACCGAACCGAGGACACAGCGACCGCCACGCUCGUCGCAACGCCUAGGCUGGCCGCCGCGCCUUCUUUCUCCCACGCCCCUAGCACGGCACGAAACAAGGAGUGCCGCACAGACAACCCGUGUAUCGAACUUAUCGAUGACGAGGAAGAGGACUUUGUUAUUCAAGCUGUUGAGAGCCGGACGGCAUUGAGAGAUCAUGCCACGGUGCCGCCGUCAUUAUCGCCCGCUCUUGCCAGAUCCCGCGCACACACUAGGACGCCUGGCAAGGCAUCAGCCACCCUAAGCCCUGAUUGCUUUGACGAUUUCAGCGACGACGAGGAGAUGCUGGCCGCUGCCGACAGCUUUGAACAGCAACAGUUGCAGUUCACCACGAGCUCAGGCGCGGCCCGAGCUCGAUCAGUCUUGUCAGAGGCUUCAGGCAAUGCCGGCCCCGCGCCGAGAAAGCGGUCCGCUGCCAAGAGCACGCCUCUGCUACGACAGCCGAAGGCUUCCAUCAACCCGGAGCUCAUGAAGUAUCCCUGGUCUAAAGAUGUCCUUCGGGCGCUGAAGGAUCGUUUCCGGAUGACGGGAUUUCGUCACAACCAGUUAGAGGCCAUCAACGCCACCUUGGCCGGAAAGGACGCGUUUGUGUUGAUGCCCACGGGAGGGGGCAAGUCUCUUUGCUACCAGCUCCCGGCCAUGGUCAAUUCGGGCAAGACCCGUGGCGUCACGCUGGUCAUUUCCCCUCUGCUCAGUCUCAUGAUCGACCAAGUGGCCCAUUUGGCGCGUCUCAACAUUCUCGCUGCUACCUUCAACGGCUCUAUCAACAAUGCCCUCCGCAGCCACAUCUUGGGGUCCUUCCACCAGGAGAACCCAGAGCAUUACGUCCAGCUGCUCUAUGUCACUCCCGAAAUGCUCACCAGCAGUCCCACGUUCCGAAACGGAAUUGAGUUGCUCUACCGCAAGAAGAAGCUCGCCCGCAUCGUCAUUGACGAGGCCCAUUGUGUCAGCCAUUGGGGCCAUGACUUCCGACCCGAUUACAAGGCCCUUGGGUCGUUCCGCCGUGCGUUUCCCGGUGUCCCCGUCAUGGCGCUGACCGCCACGGCGACCAAGAAUGUCAUGGCCGAUAUCAAGCACAACCUCGGCAUGGAAAACUGCGAGAUCUUCUCGCAGAGCUUUAACCGUCCCAAUCUUUAUUAUGAAGUCAUCCCCAAGCAGGCCCGGUUCAUCCAGGGCAUGGGACAGCUCAUCACCAACAAGUAUGGUGGGCAGACCGGCAUCGUCUACACCCUGUCUCGCAAAUCCGCCGAAGGGACUGCAAACACGCUCUCGACCAAACACGGAAUCAAAGCUCACCACUACCAUGCCCAGAUGGACCCCGAGACCAAGCGCGAGGUGCAGGAGAAGUGGCAGCGUGGUGAGAUCCACGUCGUUGUCGCCACGAUUGCCUUUGGCAUGGGGAUUGAUAAGCCGGACGUCCGUUUCGUCAUCCAUCAGAACAUGCCCAAAAGCCUCGAGGGCUACUACCAGGAAACGGGACGUGCAGGACGAGACGGGAAGCGCUCCGACUGCUACCUCUAUUUCUCCUACAGCGACAUUCCGACCCUGAGACGAAUGAUCAAUGAGGACAAGGACAAGCACGACGACGAAAAGGAGAGACAGCACGCCAUGGUCAACCGCAUGGUGGCAUAUUGCGAGAGCUCCCAUACGUGUCGCCGAGUUCAAAUCCUGCAAUAUUUUGGCGAGAAUUUCGACCCCGCCGAGUGCAACGACAUGUGCGACAACUGCAGAAGCGGGCAGACGAACGAACCCCCCAUUGUUCAAGAUUACACCGAGUGCGCUGUGGCUCUCCUCAUGGCCGUCCGUGCCCUACACCAGGUGACCCUGGGCAAGCUGGUCGAAAUUGUGACGGCCAGCAAGAACAUUGGGCAACACAGGCACCUCCCUGGCUUUGCGCUCUGCAAGGGCAUGAAGAGCCACGAAGUCCAGCGCGUCGUCAUGGCCCUCCAUGCCCAGGGCGCUUUGGUCGACAUGCAGGAGGUUUGCCAGAGCAACGGCAUCCCUAUUACCAAUUUUGAACUUGGAAGAGCUGCCAAAGAAUACUUGGAAGGCGACGGCAGCAAAAGGCUACGCUUAGAGGUGAGAAGGGCGGACGCAAUAUCGGCGGCACCGGCCAGGAAAAAGAGCCGGACUGCAAAGCUCGACCCUCCACUGCCUUCGAACUCAUCCAAGGAGCCACGGCGGGCAAGGGCCCCGCCGUCUACCAAUGUCUCAUCGCCCGUUGCUGCCCUGUCGAGACACCGGAAAGGCAAUUCCGCCUUGGCGACGUUGAUGGACGAGGACGACGAGGAUGAUGCUGAUCUGGAGCUCCAUGCGAACGGCUACGAAAAGGACAACUUCGUGGUCUCUGACGAGGAAGGCGAAGAGGACGCAUUCGACCCGCCUCGUUCCCACCACCGCCCCCAACCUCAUCGCCGGCAACAGACUCUCGAUGGACUGGGGCCCCCUAUAUCUCGCGACGCGCGCCUCGAUGAAGCUGGCUUGGACGAGGUCCACCAGGAUAUUGUCCAGGCCUUUGUAGAGGCGGCGCAUGAGGUGGAAGAGAACCUGCGCAACAAGCACGGGCUGCGCCGUGCACUCUUCACGGAACAGCAGUACCGGGAGAUGGCAAUCCGAUGGACCACAACCGUCGCCCAGAUGUACACGAUCCGUGGAGUCGACAAGUCCAGGGUGGAUUCAUAUGGCGCUAAGUUCGCCUCGCUCGUCCAACAAUUCUACACUCAAUACAGAGAGAUGAUGGGUCGUGCCUCCCUGCCAUUCUCGGCUGCCGAGAUUGCGCCAAAGAAGAAGAAGCGCGAGGUCGUCGACCUCAUCAGCGACGACGAAGACUGCGCGCGCCGCAUUACUCCUCACCACCGCUUCGGGAGGGCAGAGGAGGAGGAUGCGGACGAUGAGUACGGGGAACCGGACGAGGAUGAGGAGAACCUCGAAUUCUCACGCUACUUUGCCGAGGCCGCUCACCGGGCCGCGUCGCCGAACCAGGCCGGGUCUGCCGCUGUCGCGCAGUGGCACAAGCGCUUCGAGGAACUGAAGAAGGCGAGCAACGACCAAGCCAAGACCUUAUACAACAACGACGGCGGCAACCGGUCUGCGGGUUCGAACUGGAGGGGCGGGAAGAAGUCAUUUUAUCCCAAAAAUCGGGCCGGAAGGGGUGGACCUCCGCGCGGCGGCGGCUCCUUCGCUGGCUCCAGCACAGCGGGUGGCAUAUCGAAGCGAAAAGGGUCGGCCAGCCGACAGCUUGGAAGGGGGCUUGGCUCGGCGGGCAGCUCGCUGAGCAGGCCUGCACCUGGACCAAGGAGGUCUGGCGGCGGGGGAAGCAGCAUACCCAGCAUGCCUUACUGA